GCUGAGCUCUGUUCUCUCCAGCACCUAGGACCCCCAGUGCUCAGUACUCUUGCUCCACCAGGAACAAGCCAUCAUGUCUCGCCAGUCGAGUGUGUCCUUCCGGAGUGGCGGCAGCCGUGGCUUCAGCGCCGCCUCAGCCAUCACCCCAUCUGUCUCCCGCACCAGUUUCACCUCCGUGUCCCGGUCCGGGGGUGGCGGUGGCGGCUUUGGCAGGGUCAGCCUUGGGGGUGCUGGUGGAGCGGGUGGCUAUGGCAGCAGGAGCCUCUACAAUCUGGGGGGCUCCAAGAGGAUCUCCAUCAGCACUAGUGGCGGCGGCUUCAGGAACCGAUUUGGAGCCGUUGCUGGCGGCGGCUAUGGCUUUGGAGGUGGCGCCGGGAGCGGAUUUGGUUUUGGCAGUGGCGCUGGUGGUGGCUUCGGGCUUGGUGGCGGCGCUGGCUUUGGAGGUGGCUUUGGUGGUCCCGGCUUCCCCGUCUGUCCCCCUGGCGGCAUCCAGGAGGUCACCGUCAACCAGAGUCUUCUGACUCCCCUCAACCUGCAAAUCGACCCCACCAUCCAGCGGGUGAGGACCGAAGAGCGGGAGCAGAUCAAGACCCUCAACAACAAGUUCGCCUCCUUCAUCGACAAGGUGCGCUUCCUCGAACAGCAGAACAAGGUCCUGGACACCAAGUGGACCCUGCUCCAGGAGCAGGGCACCAGGACCGUGAGGCAGAACCUGGAGCCUUUGUUCGAGCAGUACAUCAACAACCUCAGGAGACAGCUGGAUGGUAUCCUCGGUGAGAGAGGCCGCCUGGACUCGGAGCUGAGGAACAUGCAGGACCUGGUAGAGGACUUCAAGAACAAGUAUGAAGAUGAAAUCAAUAAGCGUACCACCGCUGAGAAUGAGUUUGUGAUGCUGAAGAAGGAUGUGGACGCCGCCUACAUGAACAAGGUGGAGCUGGAGGCCAAGGUCGAUGCGCUGAUGGACGAGAUCAACUUCAUGAAGAUGUUCUUCGAGGCGGAGCUGUCCCAGAUGCAGACACACGUCUCAGACACGUCUGUGGUCCUCUCCAUGGACAAUAACCGCUCUCUGGACCUGGACAGCAUCAUCGCCGAGGUCAAGGCCCAGUACGAGGAGAUUGCCAACCGCAGCCGAACGGAAGCCGAGUCCUGGUACCAGACCAAGUACGAGGAGCUGCAGCAGACCGCUGGUCGGCAUGGUGAUGAUCUUCGAAACACCAAGCAUGAGAUCUCCGAGAUGAACCGGAUGAUCCAGAGGCUGAGAGCUGAGAUUGACAACGUCAAGAAGCAGUGCGCCAACCUGCAGAACGCCAUUGCUGAUGCUGAGCAGCGUGGGGAACUGGCCCUCAAGGAUGCCAGGAACAAGCUGGCCGAGCUGGAGGAUGCCCUGCAGAAGGCCAAGCAGGACAUGGCCCGGCUGCUGCGGGAGUACCAGGAGCUGAUGAACACCAAGCUGGCCCUGGACGUGGAGAUCGCCACCUACAGGAAGCUGCUGGAGGGCGAGGAGUGCAGACUGAGUGGAGAAGGAGUUGGACCAGUCAACAUUUCUGUCGUCACAAACAGCGUCUCCUCCGGCUACGGCGGUGGUAGUGGUUUUGGCGGCGGCCUCGGUGGAGGUCUUGGCGGCGGCCUCGGUGGAGGUCUUGGCGGCGGCCUCGGUGGAGGUGGCAGCGGAAGCUACUACUCCAGCAGCAGUGGGGGUGUCGGCCUAGGUGGCGGGCUCAGUGUAGGGGGCUCUGGCUUCAGUGCCAGCAGCGGCCGAAGCCUGGGGGUGGGCUUCGGCAGUGGCGGGGGCAGCGGCUCCAGCGUCAAGUUCGUGUCCACCACCUCGUCCUCCCGGAAGAGCUUCAAGAGCUAAGAGCCCGCUGCGACACUGCCUCCCGUGUGCAGCGACCCGGCCCGCGGCGACCGCCUCUUCGAGGUGGCUGCCUGAGCCAAGUUUUCUCUUUUUCUGGAGUGUAGUCUAGACCAAUCCCGUUGUAGAACCACAUCUUUGGUUCCUGGAAGGGCCCAUCCCCCGUCUCUAGUCUUCCGUUUCGCGAUUCUAUGUUCUGCUUCGAAUCAACCUUUAGGUCUCUAGGGCGUGGUCCUCGGUGACAACACAUUUUCCAGCAUCUAAACUGUCAAAACGGAGUCCCCACCCCAAUCUCAAAUUUUGUUCUGGUUCUGACUACCUCCAGAGUGUGUUCAAUAAAAUGCUUUUAUAAUAUAA